AUGAUGUGUAGAAGUGUUUUGGCUUGGGCUAAUUUAUACUGCUCAAGUAGACCUGUUACAGUAUUAUUUCUCCAGGCUUGUACACUACCACUGAAGAAUGACGAGGAAAAGUCAAUGACUAAACUGCAAGGUAAAUUGGAAAGGAAAAUACGUGCACUGUUCCGCAGGGAUGUGCAACCGAAUAAUUUGAGUUAUCCGAACAAAUAUAUGAGACCGGACUUUGAUCCUGAGGCAGAGCUAAAGGAUAUUGUCACAGAAAUGCCUACCUUUUUCUGGAACAAUGCUAUGGAACUAGCUAAGGAAAUGAAAGGUAGUUUUGGAAUAUACAAACCAAAGAUUCUUGAAGAUUUGGGAAGUCUCCGACAUGGUCAGUUCCGAAAAGAUAUUUCGUUCAAAACAUCAGAGUCAUUUAAAUUUUGGCGAUGUGGUGCUGAUUCAGACAGUAAUGAAGGAUUUUCAAAAUGUGAAUUUAUAGCCACUGAUCGAAAAACAGCAUUAUUCAGAGGUACCUUAAGCACAGAGCUAAUAAAGGAUGGACGAACUGAACGAGCAGGAUGGGCAGCUAUCAAAUUCGAAGAUAGGGGACCGUUUUUGAAGAAAAAAUAUUUCAGCAAAUGGUCAAAUUAUUCCCACUUCCUUAUAAAGUGCCGUGGUGAUGGGCGUACAUAUAAAAUUUCGUUGAAUUCACCGCUUUUAUUUGAUGUUACCUGGGGUGAUGCCCACAGUUAUUAUUUGCAUACUCAUGGUGGCCCAUAUUGGCAGUACGAAGCAAUUCCGUUCUCGAAGUUUAUCCAUACUGUGCGCAAUCGAAUUAUGGAUAAGCAGUAUCCAAUAAAAAACAUUAACGUCAGCUCAUUAACUAUAAUGUUGAUGGAUAGAAUUGAUGGAGAUUUUUCGCUUGAAAUUGAUUACAUUGGCGUGGUGCACGAUAGAAGUCAUGUAGAGGAACAUUCCUAUGAAUCUUAUCAUUUGCCAAUUUUGUUUACUGAGGGACAGUGGACUUUAGUAAGAGUGUUUUCAACAGAUUUCCAAGCGUCGCUCGUGUCAGUUCGUGUUGUAUUGAAAAAUAUCAGUUGGUUCACCGGUGAAAAGGAUCUGAAGUUCCAUUUUGGUCGUUUUGGGAAGGUGGAACACGUCAAAUUGUUAUAUGAUUGGGAAACAGGUCUGCACAGGGGUUUUGCAUUUGUUGUUUUUGAGAGCACCGACGACGCAAUAAAGGCUGUACAGCAACGAAAUCAUUAUAUUAACAGACGGCAGGAAACAACAAAAAUAGAAAUAGCUCUAUUUGCUUUGUUAAAAUUCGUUCGAGUUUUCCAUUCGCUGUUUGAUUAUUGA